GUGGGCAUGCAACUUGUUGCGCCGGUUUGCGAUCCUCAUUCUUCCAUCCAUUCUCGAAUCCCCCGGACGUCGACCUCCGAUCGCAUCUACUACUACUUGCUGAAAUAACUCUGAACAAACAACACCACUCAUCACGAUGCCCAAUCCACUGUGGUUCAUCUUCUGGCUGCUGGUCUUCUGGUUCGUCUCUUUCUUCGUGGCAUUCUUCUGCGCCUUCUGCUACAUUUGGGUCUACGCAUUUGCCUCCUGCAUUCCCGCCCUUACGGGCAUAGCGGAUAUUCUACUCCAGGGAGUGCAAUUUCCGUUCUACUGCGGAAAAGCCAUGCUGGAGGGAAAACCUGCCUUCUAAGAGGGACGCUUUCUGCAUAUUAAUUAACUAAGUGCCUUACUUAUAACACUUUUUUAUUUCGAUCACUUUUACAUUUUUACAAAUAAAGAUUUAUUAACUGAUAUUUAUAAA